AUUAGCAGCGAAGGACGGAUAUUUCCGGCUACAUAGGUUAGUUACCAUGCCAACUUAGACAGACUCUACUCUGUCUAUUGAGACGCGGACAUUUUUUAACCAUUUAUUCGUUUAUUGUGCAGUCUUUGUUUAAGGAAGAUACGUGUGACUAUUUAUUUCAAAUAAACUGCCAACAGGAUGUUUGGUUGUGAGGAACGACGUUCCAAAAACAAACUUGUGCAGAGGGCGAGAGACAGAAUCAAGAAAGAUGGCGAGAUGACAAACCGCAUUGCAGAGCUGGACAGUAUCUGUGGUGUGAUGCAAAAGGCUGAGUUUGAGGGCUCCACCCAGGCUGGUUCCAUGAAGACCCUGAAGCUGAGAGAGCUGACCCAGCAGAGAGAGACUGAGCUGGGAAAGACUGCUCUGACGAUGGUCCGUAGAGCAGCACUGCAGGCCCUCCUGGAGCAUGAGAGACAGCAGUAUGUCAUAGAGCUCAACAGACUGGGCAAGACCAUCUACAAACAGAGAGUCUAGACUCUAGUCUCUACUAGACCCAUAACAACACCAAAGACCAUCUGAAGUUUAUGCUGAAAGCCAUCUAGCAGCUAGGAUGUGUGAACAAAUAUAGAAUACUUUGAAGUAUUAACUCACAACCAUCUACAGGCAUCUUAUUUUCAAUCAGACCUUUUUUUAUUUAUGUAAAUACAACGACGUAAAACUGUAAUCCUAAAGAUAAAACACAUAUUAAUGUGUGUUUUAUCUUUAGGAUUACAGUUUUACAUCGUAUUUCCAUAAAUAAAAAAAGGUCUGAUCUGUACAGAAGCAGAGUGGAUAAACUGAUUCUGUAAAUGUACACUUUUAAGCAAUUUACAUUCCAGUAAACGAAUUACUGGGCCUCAUGUCACCUUAACAAAACAGGAAUUUGUGUGACAGUCAGGGAGGUAGCACUGUACAUAAACAAAACACAUACAGUGGGGAAAAAAAGUAUUUAGUCAGCCACCAAUUGUGCAUGUUCUCCCACUUAAAAAGAUGAGAGGCCUGUAAUUUUCAUCAUAGGUACACUUCAACUAUGACAGACAAAAUGAGAAAAAAAA